CUCAUUGAGAAAGCAGAGGGGAUUGGAAGGCAGGGCGUAUAAAGCCGCGCAGAGAGCGUGAAACAAAGCAGACCGACUGGAAUUGGACUUGGGAGGAGAGGCGCGGAGUCAGGCAGAAAACUUGUUGGAGGGGAGUUAAGAGCCGCUGCCUCUCCUCCACUGCGCUACGCUUAAGGGGUUCCCACCGGCCUUGCGAUUUAUUUUUUUAUCUGCUUUUUAUAGAGAGACGUAAAUAUAUAUAUUUUUUUCUUCUAAAGAGAAAAUUCCUGUUUCAAGAGAAAAUAAGGCAACAUCAAUGAAGGAGAGAAGAGCCAGCCAGAAAUUAUCCAGUAAAUCUAUCAUGGAUCCUAAUCAGAACGUGAAAUGCAAGAUAGUAGUAGUGGGCGACAGCCAGUGUGGGAAAACAGCGCUGCUUCACGUCUUCGCAAAGGACUGCUUCCCCGAAAAUUACGUCCCUACGGUGUUUGAGAAUUACACAGCCAGUUUUGAAAUCGACACACAAAGAAUAGAGUUGAGCCUGUGGGACACUUCAGGUUCUCCUUACUAUGACAAUGUCCGUCCCCUCUCUUACCCGGAUUCUGAUGCUGUGCUCAUUUGCUUUGACAUCAGUAGACCAGAGACUUUGGACAGUGUCUUAAAAAAGUGGAAAGGUGAAAUCCAGGAGUUCUGUCCCAAUACCAAGAUGCUUUUGGUUGGCUGUAAGUCUGAUUUGCGGACAGAUGUCAGUACAUUGGUGGAGCUCUCAAAUCACAGGCAGACGCCUGUGUCAUAUGAUCAGGGGGCAAAUAUGGCCAAGCAGAUCGGAGCAGCCACUUACAUCGAAUGCUCAGCUUUACAGUCAGAAAACAGCGUCAGAGACAUUUUUCAUGUCGCCACCUUGGCGUGUGUAAAUAAGACAAAUAAAAACGUUAAGCGGAACAAAUCACAGAGGGCCACAAAGCGAAUUUCACACAUGCCCAGCAGACCAGAACUUUCAGCAGUCGCAACGGACUUACGGAAGGACAAGGCGAAGAGCUGCACUGUCAUGUGAAGCUUCGCUCUCUUUAAUGAGGACGCGGGGAUCUAGGUGUAAAGAAUAAAAACAAAAACCAAGAGCAAAACGAAAAGGAGUCAAACGAAGUGCACAGCCAAAGUCACAUGGACGCAGGCUGAGGAGGCCCCUGAAAGGGUACCCAGGUUUUGGAAUCCCGUCCUUAGGUUCGGCAUGUAGACCGAGUGGUGAGAAGUGAGUACAUUGAAGAGUUUUGAAGUGUGACUUGAAAAAUAUGCCAAAAACAAAGGGAGCUACAAAUGGGCUAGAUAGAGCUAGAGGAGGAGGAACGCCAGUACCUCUGAGAAGAAAAUCCAUGCCCUGAAUGGUGCUUGCCUAUUUUCAGUUUUGUUUUUGUGUUUUCGUUACAACCUAUUCAUGGAUCUCUACUUUGAUUUAAUUUUCCAAUGUUUUAAUCUCAUUUUCAAAAAGUAUAUAUUAGUGUACCGUCCUCGUCGGGGAACUCGCACUGUGACCUUAGCGUUUAGUUUUCUAGGGGAUGUGAUCUAAUUUCCUCCUAGCUCAUCAUUAAAAUGGAAAUUGUAUCGGGACCCGUGGGAUUCGAGAGGAAAACUUCACGAGGCUUUGAAAUCUUGACUUCCUGUGAAGGUCGCUGCUGAGCGAGAUGGUUUGAAAGCAAGGCCUCUGCGGCCUUACAAGAUGUGUAGACCAGUGCUGCAAAGAUCGCAUAGAUCAAAUAGAAAAGAGUGUUGCUUUAUAUUCCGUCUGAUGGUUUCGUUCAUCCUUGUGAUUGUUAUUAACAAGUGGAAAAUUGCUCAAUGUAAUAUUUUGUGCGCUGUUUAGAAAAGAGAGUGUGUGGUUUUGUUUUUCUUUUUGCCAUCAUUGAUAAAAACUCGAAGUCAAAUAAAAAGUGUCUUGGUUUGAUAUGAUAGUGAUUUAAAGAGGAAGCAGAUGGAUACUGUUUUUACCAGGAGAAAUAAUGGAUGAAGUAACUAUAGCAGAGAGCACUGUUUUGAGCGAGGCUAUCUGGAAGAAAGUCAUUUUUCAAAUACCUAGAACCCUGUUGUCUGUUAUAACCCAGACUGGCAGCAGAGUGAACUAUUUGCUCAUGCCACUUCCUUCAAAUGAACAUUGUCCUGACAAGGGUCCCACUUGUCCAAGCUUUAGAAAACCCCAGAGAGAAAGAAAAAACAAAAACAAAACAAACAAACAAAAAACUUAUAAUGUCAGCCCUGAUAUGAGCCUAGGGCAUUUCUCAAGUGACUGCUAAACCUCAACCAGAUUCAGCAGGGCCAGGUUCAAGACUUGACCAUGAGAGAGUGAUAAUCAGCAUUUAAAAUAGUUCACAGGUUUCUCCUUGUGAGUGGUUCCUUCCAGAGAAGAUGCCCCUGUUCUAGGUGAUGCUUGCUGCGAACAAGCUUUUUCCCCCCAACGAUGACACUUCAUUUUUGAGGCAUUGAAGCUGUGUUUCCAUUAAACUGUGGCAGGAGGGGAGAGUAAGAAAA